ACGCUUUCUCCAAGUUUUCUAUAAUUUUCUCUAGUUGGAAGGAAAUUAACGAUUGUAGUGAAGCAAAGCGGUUUCCAAUUAAUUAACAAUCAGUGCUCUCCCAACACUGACUGUGUGCGUGCAUUAUUAGAAACAAGAAAAAAUUAGAAAUUGUGGCAGCAAUUAAGAAAAAAUUGGAAAUAUGAGAUUUAAACAUUUUCUGGGGCUACAUUUGGGCUCCUUGCUGGUUAUGUUGCUGAUAGCAAGUACACCACUGGUACGCGCUGAAGUGGAGCAGGACUUCGCUGAUGAAGCUGAUGAGGAUGGCAAAGUUGAAGACGUGCAGGAGGAUAACGAACUGGAGGAAAUUGUCUACGAAAGUCCCGUUUAUGAUCAAAAUAACUUUUACUUUGCUGAUCAUUUUGAUGAUAUUGCCGAGUCUCGUAAGCGUUGGGUAAAAUCACAAGCAAAAAAAGAUGAUAUCGCUGAAGAAAUUGCCAAGUAUGACGGUAUCUGGGACUGGGAGCCGCCACAACGCAUUGUCUCAAAGAAAGACAUUGGUCUCGUGCUCAAGUCGAAGGCCAAACAUGCUGCUAUCGCUUCAAAAUUGAACAAACCAUUUACAUUUAAGGGAGACUCGCCAUUAGUCGUACAGUAUGAAGUAACUAUGCAGGAGGGACAAGAAUGUGGAGGCUCUUAUAUUAAAUUACUCUCACAUGGUGUACAUACGGAAGACCUCACCAAGUUCAACGAUAAGACACCAUACUCUAUAAUGUUUGGACCGGAUAAAUGCGGCAGCGACAUUAAACUACAUUUCAUAUUCCGUCAUGUUAAUCCAAUUAAUGGCAGUAUUGAGGAGAAGCAUUGCAAAAAACCAAAGGAUCGCUUGGAGGAACCUUUCAAAGAUAAAUUGCCACAUCUCUAUCAAUUAGUGUUGCGUCCCGAUAAUACCUUUGAAAUUAGUGUUGAUCAUAAAGUUGUAAAUCAAGGCUCACUUCUAUCGGAAUUCACGCCAGCCGUUAAUCCGCCACGUGAAAUUGACGACCCUGAGGAUAAGAAGCCCAAAGAUUGGGAUGAACGCGAAAAGAUACCAGACCCCACAGCUAAGAAACCGGAAGAUUGGGAUGAUGAUGCGCCACCACAAAUACCGGAUCCCACAGCAGUUAUGCCUGAUGGCUGGCUUGAGGAUGAGGCUCAGAUGAUACCAGAUCCCUCUGCCAGUAAGCCUGACGAUUGGGACACCGAAAUUGAUGGUGAAUGGGAGGCGCCUUUGAUUGAUAAUCCCAUCUGUGAAAAAGCACCCGGUUGCGGCGAGUGGAAAGCUCCACUUAUACCAAACAAGGAAUACAAGGGUAAAUGGCGUGCACCGCUCAUUGACAAUCCAAAUUAUCAAGGCAAAUGGGCUGCGCGCAAAAUACCCAAUCCCGAUUACUUUGAAGAUCUUACGCCAUUCAAGAUGACACCCAUUUCUGCAGUGGGUCUUGAACUUUGGUCGAUGUCUGAGAGCAUUUUGUUUGACAAUUUAAUCAUUGCUGACGACAUUGAACUGGCUAGAGAUUUCGCCGCCAAAACGUUUGACAUCAAGCGUAAAUACAUCGAUAAGGAAUCGGAGACAUUUUUCAAUAAAAUUGUAGCAUUCUUCAAUGAGAGCUCUUGGAUUUUGCGCGUAGCUAUUGUAAUCGCUGGUGGCACACCUUUGUCGUUCACUUUGUAUCGCUUGUUUACGAAAUCCAGUUCGAAGGAGUCCAACGCUGAGGCCAAAAAAACCGAUGCUGUGCAACCUGACGACGUCGAUGCUACGGCCACAGCAGGUGGUGAUGCUGACGCAGCCGCAGCCAGCAGCGGCAGCAACAAUUCUACGCAAAAAUCUAGUCCUAAAACUAAAAAGUCUGAUUUAGAUGUAAAAGACGACGAAGUGGAAGAGAAAGGCGCGGAGUCAGCUGCUGCUGCAGCAGCUGCUACCAAUAGCGGCAAAGAGUCACAAGACGACGAUGCCGAGGAGGCCACAACUGGGGAGACUACAACGAAGUCCGUACGCAAACGACGCGUGCCAAAGGAUCAGUCUUAGGAUGGCGAUCGUUGCACGCAAUACAAAAUAAUUCCAAAAAAGAAGAUAUUUAAAUAAAUUUAUAGUAGAAUAUAUGUGCAGCUGCAUUUUCCAGCAGACCGUUGUGAACGAGAUAAGUUUGUGCUUAACAAGUCACUUGUUGUUGGUGGAGUUGUGAGCGAAACGAAAUUUAAUUCUUAUUUUCUCAUUCGUUUCGUUAGUUUAUUUCCCCAAAAUAUUUUUCCCCCUAAAAUACACGCAACAAACAGCAGUCAUGCUACACACACACACAAACAUACUAUGCGUAAUUUAAGAAUGUUCCACUUCUUUUUUUUUUUAAUUUAUAUACAUACAUGAAUAUUUGUAGUUCAAUUGAUGUGGAGUGAAGUGCUUUUUGUGCGUGAAAUGCGUAUGAGUAGGUGAAAUCACAUACAUAAAUCAAAUAUAUGUAUACUACAAUGGGAUAGUGGCCAGUUAAUAAGAGGAAACGCAUGAAAUUAAUUCAGAAAAUAAAAUUUUUUUUUUAGAAAUGGAACAUAUUUUCCGUCAACUAAUAUUUCCAAAUAUUGUUCUCACUGCUCCAAAAAAAAAAGUAUUAAAGCAAUUGGUUGAAUGUUGGAUAUUUUUGCAUAGAAAGUUCCACAUAAAGAGAAUUCCAAAAACCAAAAUAAAAACAUUUUACAAAACUUGUAUUUUCUUGUAGCAAAAUAAUUCGAGAAACUUGUAUGUGAAAAGCAAAAUCUCCAACAAACGUAUAUGAAACGAAAAAUUUAGUCUAAUGUUAGUCGAACUGUGGAAAAA